AUGUUGCUGUACACCAGGCUUGCACCACCCAAGGCCCCUAUCAAGCGCUCACGCGCAGCAUGCAAUUAUUGCAAAGAAAAGAAGAAGAAAUGUGAUGAGACUCGACCUGCAUGCUCCCGAUGCCAAGAACGCAGUCAGGAGUGCAUUUACAAACCUAUCCCCCGCCGGCAGAGGCGUAAGGGCGAAUCGAUUGUUCCGUGCUCGCCGUUCGACACCAAUUCUUACUCGAGCUCAGGCAGGGCCAAGAACGUUUUAGAUGUGCAUGCUGCUUCCAAAUGGAACGACGAUGUGCAUGGUAAAUCAGCUAACGAAGAUUUGCUCGACGACACUACUGUUACGACCCAGCCACCAACACUCAGCACAUCUCUUGUCAAUCACACCGCCAGCAUAUCCGCUGAUCAAUCGGAUUGGGUAUCUACGAACAUUCCUGUCAUCUCACCGCUCGAGUCGGUCGACUUUCAAUUGCCUGCGUUUGACGAUCCCAAGUUUUUGGCCGAGCAUGUCAAGAAUGCAGAGGAGGGCGAUAUCGAAAAGACCUUUCGACGAGAGUCUAUCGCCAUAACUAUUCCCAAAACUACAUAUGCCAGCGCCUGCGCUAAUGCAUAUGCAACCCCAAGCCCAUCACUAGCCAUGAUUAUGCCUAUUCCAACACAAUCUCCCUGGUUUGAGCUUUGCGCUCCAGUAUUCUCAGAAUUUUCUGAACGUAACAACCGUCGCGUACUUUUCGAUCAUUUCUACAACGUUUUGUCCCGUCGCAUCGUUUUCCACGAAGAGAGCGGCAAUCCUUUCCAGCAGCUUAUUCUUCCCUUGUGUUACACUAGCUUCGUUGUCACCAAUGCUGUCUACGCUUUGGCGAGUGCUCAUCUUGAGCAUCGUGGGGUUAGAAAUGACGAGAACAGCAUCUAUUUCCACAAUAGAGCCAUUCAAGGUCUAGCGCGCCUGAUUCAGAAGGGAACAGGUGCAGGUAAAAAUGAAUUGUUGGCUGCCGUCAUGCUUUUGUUGGUACAAAAGGACCGAUCUAAUAUCGUGGAUGUCCAUCUCAAAGGCGCUAUGGCCGUCAUGAGUAAGUAUGAAACUACCAUCGAUCCUACAGGCAUCUUUUUGGAGAAGGCGUUUCGUUUCUACGAUGUGAUUGCAGCACUAUCUUUCGGUACUGUUCCUUUGUCUAGUACCCGCGAUAUCGACUACCCUACGCCAUCCGACUCUUUGGAGUCUAACGGUGCUACGUCGCCCCUUAAUAGCGUCGACACUCUACUUGGCAUGGCCACUUCCUUAUGGCCAAUCAUUCACCGACUCUCUAGUCUAUUGGCACUCAAAGACGAGCUUAACGUUGCUGUCGUGAACGAAGAAGUUUCAAAGGUCUCGGUUCUCCGGACUGAGUUCCAGAUAUCGGCAACGGGCAUUGAGUCGGCGCUUGAGGACUGGCGCCCUACAGUGCCCGAAAACUCAGUUCUGAACCAGAACCUUGAAGAGCUGAGUCCUGAGCAAUCUGCAGAAAGGGGUUACCUCCAGAGCAUUCUCAGUAACGCUUUGUCUUACCGCCACUCUGCUUUCGUCUACCUUUACCGCACCAUUUAUGGCUACCCACGGAGGCACGUACUUGUACAACGCCAUGCGCACAAGAGUCUUACUCACUGCAUUGGAACUGUUAGUAACACUGGUCCUACGAGUGCGCUUCUGUGGCCGCUUUUUGUUGCGUCUUGCGAGGCCGCUACACUCGCUGAUCGCGAGCUUGCACACCAGGUAUUCAUGGCGAUCAACCGCCGGCAAGGCAUGGCGAAUAUUGACCGUGCUUGGACUAUUGUGCAGGAGGUCUGGCAACGCGUUGACAAGGGAAGCAUGCAGCAGCCGCAGGAAGAGGCAACGCUGUUGGAUGUCAGAGGCGAAGGUGAUCUCUGGAGAGGAGUGAGCGCAGACAUGGGUGUGACUAUUGUUUUCGGGUAA